CAACAGCAGCAGUAGACAACAACAGCAGCAGUAGACACAACAACAGCAGCAGUAGACACAACAACAGCAACACUGCAUCGUGAGUUGAGACUCGCGCGCCCCGGGCUCCUGGAGGAAGCGGCCGAGCCAUGGAGUCCCCGCUUGGGGCGCGUGGAGCCGCGGGCCUCUCAUUCACGGGGCCCUCGUCUCUGUGCCUCCACCCCGCGGAGCUCAGCGACUCGAGCAGUCAGCGCUGCCGCCUGGGCCCCGGGGCGCUGCGAGCGCUCGGGGUCCGCCUGCUGGGCGCGCCCCUGCGCCUCUCGCUGGGCCGAGACGCGGUCGGGGAGGAGCGGCUGCUGCUGUGCGCCGCGUGGCCGCGGCCCGACCUAGCAGAGGGCCACGUUGAGGUGGACGCGCGCUGCGGGAGCCUCGCCGCGUUGCUCGAGGCAGACCCCGAUGACGACAACGGCGGCGGAGAGGCCGGGGGGGUGGGAGGACGCGACCCAGCGCUACCCGCGCGGAUUCCCCUUCACCGGAUCCGCGCGCUCCCGCGAGUCCGCGCCAAGCGCCUCUUCGUCACGGCCGUGUGCGCUGCUCCCGAGCCCGGGGGUGUCGGCGGCGGCGGCGAGCCCGCGGCCGCCGCCGCCGCCACCUCCGCGUUGCCCAGGGCGGCCGAGCUGCGCGAUGUGGCGCGGGAGCUGCUGCGGGGAGCGCUCGUGUUCCCGGGCUGCGCGCUGCGCGUCGCGGGCCACGGCCACCCCCUGCUCUACGUGCUCGUGCGGCGAGCCCAAGCCGAGGCCCAGCGGGGCGGCAAGGGGGGCGAGGAGAGCAGGCCGGCUGAUGGGGAGGGGGAGGAGGAGGAGGGACCCCCCGGGGAUGAGACGACGGUGAAAAGAGAGGAGCCGGAGACCGCGUGCUCCGUGGCCAUGCUCGUGCAUGGUCGCACCGAGAUUUUCGUGACGCGCGUCUCUCCCGUGCGCCGCUUCCUCUCGGCGCUGCGGGCCAAGCAGAGGAGGCAGCGGAGCCGCCUCGUCGGCUUCCCCCUGGGCGGCCUGGACGCCGAGGCGGAGAGGCUGCGGGAGUUGCUGCUGCUGCCCGCGAGGUUCCCGCGCGCGCUGCGGCGUCUGUGCCUGUGGGGCCCCCCGGGAGGACUCCUGCUGGCGGGGCCGCCCGGCGUGGGCAAGACGCGGCUGGUGCGCGCCGUGGCGGACGAGGUCGGGGCCGAAAUGGUGGCGAUCAACGCCUCGGACGUCGUGGGACCGCGGCCCGGAGACACCGAGGCCGCGCUGCGCGCCGCCUUCGCGCGAGCCCUGGCGCUGGCGACGCCUCCCGCCCAGGACGGUGGUGGUGGUGGUGAUGAGGAUGAUGAUGAUGAUGGAGGUGCCGGGACGCCGUGCAUUCUCUUCAUUGACGAGGUGGAGUCCCUGUGCCCACGGCGCGGGGAGGGAGGCGCGGUGGACACGCGCGUGGUGGCGCAGCUGCUGACCCUGAUGGACGGGGCCCGCGGCGAGCGAGGGGGCCCCGGGACCGGGACCGUGCUCGUGGUGGCCGCCACCAACCGGCCAGAGGCCCUGGACCCGGCACUGAGGAGGCCCGGGCGAUUUGACCGCGAGCUGGUGCUUGGCGUGCCCACGGAGCGGCAGCGCAUCGCCAUCCUCGCGGUGCUCACGCGGGGCAUGCCGCUGGCGCCGGGCGUGGGCCUCCAGGAGCUCGCGGCCCUCACGCCGGCGCACGCGGGCGCCGACCUCGCCGAGCUGUGCCGCCACGCGGCCGUCGGCGCGCUGAGACGGCUCCCGCGGGCGAAGCCGCCGGGGGUGCCCGGGCGCGACGGGGGGCCGAACGGGCGAGCUGCGGGCGGAGAGCGCGCGGCGGCGGCGGCGGCGGCGGCGAACCCGGUGGAGCUGGCGGACGAGCGGAGAGAGGGACGGGAGGAGGCGGAUGGAGCGGAGGGGGAGGAUCCGCAGCGGAGCGACGAGCUGACCCGGCGGGCGCUGCCGGCCGUGCGCGUGGAGAUGAGCGACUUUCGCAGCGCGCUGCCCUUGGUGCGGCCGACCGCCACGCGGUGCGACGCCGCCGUGCCGGCCGUGGAGAGCGGUGGGGCCGGAGGCUGGGAGCGCAUCGUGGGGCUGGAUGACGUCAAGCGCCGCCUGCUGCAGUGCGUGGAGUGGCCCUUGCUGCACCCUGCGGCGCUGCUGCGUCUGGGCGCCCGCCUGCCGCGAGGCGCACUUCUCUACGGGCCGCCUGGCUGCGCAAAGACCUCGUUGGUGCGGGCGGUGGCGGCGCGCGCCAGCGUCUCCUUUCUCAGCGUGUCAGGCGCCCAGGUGAUGUCGCCAUACGUGGGCGACACCGAGAGAAACCUCGCGCAGGUGUUCCGUCGUGCGCGGGCUGCCGCCCCGUGCCUGCUCUUCCUGGACGAGGUGGAUGCGCUGUUGGGGUCGCGGGGUCGCGCCGCCGGGGUGGCGCAGCGCGCCCUCGCCACGCUACUCUGCGAGAUGGACGGCGUCGGGGUCGACGCCGGCGAAAGGAGGGGGGGCGGGGGAGUGGACGGCGAGGAGGAGGAGCUGUCGAACGAGCACGUGCUGGUCGUCGCGGCGACCAAUCGGCCCGAGGUGCUGGACGAGGCGCUGGUGCGUCCGGGCCGGCUGGACAGCGUCAUCUUUGUUCCGCCGCCCGACGCGAAGACGCGUCUCGCCAUCCUGCAGCUGCAACUGGCGCUGGUCCCCUUGGCGGAGGACGUCUCCCUGACGGAGCUCGCCGACGCGACCCACAUGUACACGGGCGCCGACCUCAAGGGGGUGUGCAGCGAGGCGGCGCUGCUGGCCAUGGCGGACGAGGGUGUGGACGUGGAGCGCGUGCGGCAGGAGCACUUCCUGCGUGCCCUGCGGCUCAUCCCGCCCUCGCUCACGGCGCAGCAGGUCGCGCGCUACGAGGCGCUCUACGCUCGGCACGUGCUGGCAUGAUGGACGCCGUGACCGCAGGCGCCGAGUCGUGAUUGGCCGGCGUGAUGAUGGGUGGCUUGACACGAAGGGCGUCGUGAUGAUUCAUGGCGUGAUGACGGGCAAUCCGAGCUUACAACGUAACUUUUUAUUUGACUAGGUAAGACCUACUAAACCAUCGCCAUGCGCGAGUUCUGGAUUUGCAAGUUGCGCAUAUUCGCAAGUUACUACUAUGGACGUAUUGGUGGUAUACUGGUGCAACAUAACACACUGGUCCUCGUAAAAGCCUGAAAUCUAAAUUUGAACCAGCAAAUCUGUUUCAGUCUUUUAAGACCCCGUCGCCAAGUUUAGCGUGAUUCAAAUGUUUAUGCAGUCGACUGAGACUCGCUGAAAAGGUAAAUGUUGACCGUUGAUUUGGGUCCAGGGUACGCAAUUUUUCGGGCGAACCGGGAGGGCGAGCGCCUGCAGCAGCAGCAGCAACAACAGCAGCAGCUUUCUUGCUUUGGGUCACGAGCCUGAGGUGGGACCUGGUGCAUCAUCUUCGUCGUCUGGAACUGGUGCAUCAUCAUCAUCUUCGUCGUCUGGAACUGCGGAUGGAUAGGACAACAAGCAGAACGUUGGGAUCAUUAGGGUUAGGUUAGGGUUGUUGUCAUGGCAACAAUAUUAAUAUUUUGUGAACAAGCAAAUGCUAUUUAAGGACAAGGUUUUCCAAUAUAACCCUAACCGUCCGACCAAGUCUUGAGCACAGGUCAAAUCUGUCUUGGACACGAGUCAAAACACAGAGCCAACCAUCAUCACUGUGAAGUUUCGUGUUCAGCUACCCAUAACAUUAAUCUUCUGACUGCUUCGACAUCACGAGAACUGAUUUUGAUGCACCACCUCGCAAGAUUUUCUGACCGGGGUUGUGAAUUGCAGGAAAAUAAAGUAAAUUAUUGCAAA